CUCUAGGGCACAUGCAACAAGCGGCAACAAGCCAAAGGGGGCCAAGCCUAUCCUCCUUUGCCAUCUUCGGAAGCCUUGCACCCCCGGUCUUCGGUCCUUCAACGGCCGCAGGGAUGGGGGCGCUGUCGGGUCCAGGCAAGAAGCGGGAAGGGGUCGGAGGGGGGCUUUUGGAGGCUUUCCCGCGCGGCUGUCUCUCAGGAAAAAGGGCCAGGGGCGGGAGGGCCCCCCCCUGGGGUUCUCAUCUCUCAUUUUUUGAAUCUUCUAGAGCAUAGAGUGAGAUACAGAUACAUCAAGCAGAAGGUACAUUUAUAGAAACUUACUAAGAAAUAAGACCAAGAGUAAGACGCCAACGCAUUCCUUGGUUUAGUGUCUUCUACCUAAGCUCGUCUUCUCCACUCCACUGAGAAGUAGGAUCAAUUAUCUCCUUUCUAUAUACGGAAGGUCAAAGAAAUGUCAUACAUGUUAAACACAUCAUUUUUUUAACAAUCAAUACAUCGAUCACGACAUACACGUACCUAAAGAACGUCUUCAUAAAGAUUAUCGAUCUACCACAGCCCCAACCUCUACAACAACGAGCCCCAACCUCAACAUACCAAAACAAUAAACAAGAUGAGCGCUCCAGCGAAGCGAAGUAGCACCGCAUCCCAAAAAGCUGCCGCAGGUGGCGGUAAAGCUAAGGCGGGAUGCUUCGGCAACUACAUGAUUUGGAUGUCCGGCAAGUACAUGCUUGGUGACGUGAAUUACUAUACCAAAAAAUACAACGAGAAAUGUCCUGGUUUUUUGAUGCCGGAUGAACAGAUUGAAUUCGUCUUCAAGUUCUUCGAGAAGAAGGUGAUUUUCACCGACAAACGCAUCAUCCGCAAAAGCGGAAGCGGAAACAUCAACUUGGAAACGAUUGCCUAUUCCGCAGUUGGGGCUUACGAGAUCGUCACGCCCUCCAACAAGUUGGAUCAGGAUGGCGAGCUGCUCAUCUACACCACGAUGGAUGAGUUCCCCUGCGUCAGCUUCAGCAUCGCGAAGGACGGUGAUUUGGACCUGAAGAAGUUGAUGCAGUUUGUCAACCAAGGCAUGCUGGCUGCUCGUGCUCCGGCAGCAGCGCAGAAGUUCAACGCUGUCGAGAACAAUGCCGAAAUCGGGGAUUCUUUCACGACCUUCCUCUCCUCCGAUGCCGCGCAAAUGCCUGCGGAGGAAGCACAGUCCACUUUCGCCGCCAUUUUGCACCCAAUGUUAAGGCUCAACGCAAUUCAUUUCCUAGGGUGAUUUUCUUCGGUUUCGUUCGUAGGAUUCUGAAGAAAUGACGGGAAGAAGUGAGUUGCUUUAUAAGCUCUAACAAUGGAGACCGUCGCCUUCUGUUUCAAGCGUGGCUACGACUUCACGAUGCUGACCAACAUGCGCAUGUUCUUUAUCGAUCAGCAGGGCACCUUUUCGUCGACUUACGUCUACACUUCCGUCAUGUGGCAAAGCGUUCGUGCGUUUUCGGUGGAAUCCGGAUCGACCUUCGACAACGACGCGGAGUUUGUUUUGUACACCAACAUGAUGGGCAAGCGCCAAUUCAAGCAGGAGCUGAAGAAAACUGUCGACAUCUUGUCGAUCCAGGCCUUCAUUUCCGACAUGUGCUGCGGUACAGUUAAGGCUCGACGUAAUGAUUCAUCUUCAAAGUACUAGUUUUUAAUUCGCCUCCAUCGACGUGACACACAUUUUUUCCCUUCUUGUUUGGAUUUUUCUGAGGCUAUAUGUAUAACAACUGUGAGUACGAAAGAACAAUAAGGAUGAAUUAUUUUUGCGAGCUGCUCUAACACUGAGGUCCUUCCUCGCGUCACUGGUGAGAUGGAUGCUCCGGACGUAGACGAGAAGAAGGAAGAGGGCUUCUGGAACAGCUUGACUGGUAACGUUGGAAUGCUCAUGAACAGUGCGGAAGCAGAAAAGAUGUUCAAAGAAGAUAAAAAGCUUCUCGCGGAACAAGAAUCCAUCGAGCUUGCCUACAAAGCGAAAAAGUUAAGUUUCGAUAGAACUACAAGGCAUUCAUUUCCAAGAGCCGUGGUCAUUUUCUUCUGUUUUCCACCUCUCGGAAAAAUUCUGAAGAAAUGAAGGAAACAAGAAAUGAUCAAAUAAUAACUAAAAACGUACUUGAAGACCCACGCACAUUAUACAGUUUCCUUCAAAUGCAUCAUUCUCCUUACUUUGAGCUCGUCCUCUAAUGAAGGAUUUCUUCCUGUUCACUACCAAGCGGUUCAUCGUUGUCGAUCACAAGGCCGGUUUUUUUGGGAUGAACGCUAAGGACGAGUACAUCUCCAUUCCCUACAAGAGUAUCAAGGGGUUCUCUGUUCAAUCCGCAGGCUCGUGGUUCGACAAUUAAGGCUCACGACCCUAAUGGUCCAUCUUCCGAAGUAUCCUGAACAAGAGCUCCAUCUUCAGAGAAGUCAUCCCGAAGGGGUAACUAAUGGUCGAUCUUCAGAGAAGUCAUCCUGAAGACGAGGUAACUAAUGUCCAUCUUCAGAGAAGUCAUCCUAAGUAGAAGAGAGGCUUUAUUUCAAGGGGAAAAGGUGGGUCCUAGCACUAGCAGGAAGAUGCUUUUGUUUUCAAGUACUUAGAUGGAAGAUGACAUGAUUAGGGUGAGCAGCUCUAAGACAAGGAUUCCGAAAUGAUGUUGUGGACUGACAUCGCACCAAAUGACGACAUCCUCAAAGAACAGGGUGAGGGAGAAGACAGAUCCGUCUAUUGGGUGCUGAACCCGGGAUUGUCCUUCCGCUCGUUUGAUUUCAAGAAGGAUCAAAUCGAUCUGCUCUUGUUGCACAAGUUGUUGACCGCAUACGUGUGCCCAAGAGUUCCGGAUGGUAUUUUGAGUUUUUACUCGAGUGAAAACAGAAAUCACACAAGAACAUAACUCAAUUUUCCUGAGUCAGUUAAAGUUUACUAAGUUGCCUCCAAUUAUAGAGCAAACUGCUAUUUCGUCUCAUCCCACUCGUCCUUCAUCACUCCCACUCGUCCUUCAUCAAGGAUGAAACAGAGGUUCAUCUGAAAAAUCGCGAUAUAGUGAACAAGAUCGCCAGGAAUACCUUAUAGUUAUAUUAUCAUAAGCAAUUAGAAUUACGUAGUUGUAUAAACUUAAACAUAAGAUUCUCGUCCUCUCUUUCAUCUGCACUGCAUAGUGUAGAUGAAUGAGAAUUUUUAUCAAUUCAUUGACUCACUUACUAUUAUCUCGUAUGGUGCAGACGCUCCUGUGUAGCCUUGAUCACGACAUGCACUGUAUAAUCCGUUACCUAACCAACUCAUCCUCGUCCAAGAACAAGAAGAACAACAAACGUCAAACACGAACCCCAACCACUUCUAUGUUUCUAACACAACUACAGCCGAAGACGCCGCCCCAAUGGACUUCCGUGAAUGCGGGAAGGCUGAGGGCGCCAUCGAGGCAUUAAUGAGUUGGGCCACUGGAGACGCUCGUGAGGUGGACCCUGCGCAAGUUCAAGCUGGGAUCCAGGAUUGGUUGAGUCCGGGAGAAACCGUCCAACUCGCUUUCAAGGCUGGUCGCGAUUUGCACUUGUUUACCAACUUGCGCCUGUUCUACAUCGAUCCGCAGGGCUUCUUUGGGAAGAAGGUACUCCUACUUACUCUUUUUGACUUGUUGAUACGAGGAUCAUUGUUCUGUGCUGUAUCUUUAUGACCAAGACCGUCUUCUUCCACAUACCCCUAACUUUUGAACCCUUCUUGAACCUUCUCUACCAUGACACAACUUCUCAGGUCGAGUACCGUUGUUCCUUGCCGAGCAAUGCUUGUUACUCAUGCUUUCUUUGUUAACCUCUCUUCACCGUCACCCACCAGGUCGAAUGCCGUUCCUUCCCGAGCAUUGCUCGUUACUCAUGCUUUCUUUGUUAACCUCUCUUCCACCAGGUCGAAUACCGUUCCUUCCCUUACUCUUCAUUCGCGGGAUACUCGGUUCAGCAUGAGAUCGGAACGUGGGAUGCGGAUGUUGAGAUCCGUAUGUUCCCGAAAUGCCAGUGGGAGCCUUAUUUGUCUCUGGAAUUGAUGCAAGGCAAGGUUGACGUGAUGAAGAUCCAGGCCUUCCUUUCGCGCAAGAUUCUCACCAAAAUGGACGUCGAUGUCUCCGAAUUGGCAGAUCAGAGUGGUAUACUUAUACACUUACUAGAUGGGGGACGUUUUUCUUUUUGCUCAGGACACGAGCUUUUCAAGUAAGUGAUCUGCGUUAGCAUGCAUGUGCAGAAGUAUGUUUUGACGCACGACCGUAGUUGACGAAAGAACAUGCCAGAACAUUCUUUUUUGGAACUUCCUAGCCAUUUUGUUUACUCCUUACACACAAAAAAGGUGCUUCUGAAACCAUGGGAGAGACCUUUUGGGAUUGGAUCAAGGGCGAUGAUGCUCGUGCUCUGGACCCGCAGAUGGCGCAGGAUAUGCUGGCUGCCUUCCUCAUUCCUGCGGAGAAAGUUAAGGCUACAAGCAAUGAUCCAUCUUCGCAGGCAUCGAUCUAUCUUUCUUGGUUCCGUUUUUAAUGGCCCAAGAUGCUGCUGAAGAUGGGUUUGCCUUAGUUCUAAGGAAGUUCAGAUGGCCUUUCGAGCUGGUCCGGAUCUGUUUGUUUUGACGAACAAGCGCGUCAUGGUCAUCGACAAGGAAGGAAAGCCCUGGCGCCGUGGAGGACAGUCCAUUGAGUACAAGUCUUUGCCGUGGCAACACGUGAAGGGGAUGAGGUGCUCAUCUACUUGCUUUCCUUACUGAUCAUGUGAUGUCGUGUAUGAUGCAGAAUUCAUUGCUGAUGAUGUCAUACCGUGGAUAUGGAGUAACACUAUGCCAAAAGCGAACAUAGAAAAGGGGCUUUUUUUGCGUUUUUUGUACAUUCUUCGUCUCAGAAUGAAAAUUUUUCAUUUUGAUUGAGACGAAUAGGAAUACUGCCCAACUGAUCCCUGGGCUUUAUGUGCGUUUUUUGGCCAAAAGACCACUUUUCUAUGGUCGCUUUUGGCAUAGUUAGUGGCACUCCAUAACCGUGGACAUUGUAAAAAUAUUAACGGUUACCGAAUUACAUCCCGCAUUACCAUCCUUGGCGCUUUUUCUACUUGAAAAAGGCACCGGGGGUAUUUGAGGAGUGUAAUUCUGUAACGUCUAAUAGAAAUAAUUCUAGUUCUAGGUGAUAGAAGACGAAAUACGAAUAGAAAUAGAUGUUUAUAAUCAUUAUCAUGUUGUUGUUGAAUCGUUUUCAUGAUUAUGUUUGAUUCGCAGCGUUCAGUUAAUAUCUUCUCCCGUCAAAAACGUUUUCAGAUGCGAAUCCCCACAACGUUCAGGAGUUAUCUUCUCGCAUCUUGAAUACCAUUUUCAGAUGCGAAUCCGCUUCCGGUUUCUUUGAUGGUGAUGCCGAGAUCUUUGCGUUCACCGAUGCCCCGAAGGGUCAGUACCCGCAGCCCAAUGUGAUCGCUGGUGAGGGCGACGAUGAGGGUGAUGCGAAGCAGAACUACAACGAGAACGCUUGCUGCCUCGAACAGGAUUUGCGCAAAGGCUGCGAGGUAAAAAUCUUCGACAUCGCGCAAGUCAUGGGCAACUUGCUCAUGACCAUCGAAGAACCAUAAAACCCUUAGAUAUUCUUUCUUCGAUGAAUAUAAUGUAGAUACUCUAGAAGUCAAUCUUUUGUUGGAGGAUAACUUCUAGGGGUACUACUUUUACAACCUGCUGCACCGAAUUUUCCUGAGAACGACCGAGACCACUCAUUGUUCUUGCGUUGCUCAUAACAAUGCUCUGGACAAUUAAUCUUCCUAGAAACACGGGUAAUGAGGAGCGCUGAGAGUGUCGAAAAGUGAUUGUAGUAGAGGCUUCUUACUAACUUCUAUAUAAGUAAUUCUUUUCCUCUUUGUUAUUAUUUCGUGUGAAGGGAUAGCUUUUUCGGUCCUAGUUAGUACUAUCAUGUAUAUUUUCACAAUUUUUGAAAUAUUUAGAUUGGAGGUCAGAGUUCGCCACCACCGCAGAGUCCAUGCACGACAGCAAAUAAUGUUGACGCAGAUACCACGCGGAAAGACCGACUCUUUAUGCGUCUGGGAGGAUGCGCUUUCAAAAUCGAAACUCCUAUGACUUAUCCACAGAACUUCUACAUCACCGUGGACGUGAAGUGGUGAGUUUAGACCAUUUCUUAUAGACCAUUUCGAUUUCGUAUAAUUAGAGAAAUAAGUACAUAGAAUCCUUGAAACGUAGAUGUAUGUAGAUCGCAAAAGAGAAUUUGUUGAAAAUGUAGUGCCUUAAUACGUUGCUCAAAUCAAUAGAGCAGAAGACCAUUUAUUUAACGCGUGUCGAUAGACAUCUUAUGACUUGAAUGCAGUACAAGAUUCCUCGUCAGUCUGUUUAUCUGGAAGAUCUAGAAGAAGAUGAGGAUGGAUACAAAUACACGCCAUUUGCGCGUCUCCGAGCGAGUAUGGUUUCCACAUCGACAGUAAAGAUCGAGUCACAGGGAAUGUCAAAGAAUAAGCAUUUCGUAUGAUUUUUAAGAUUUUUUUCUAAUGUGGCCGUGACGCCGCGGCAACCUAUCCACCUAUCCUAUUGUAAACUUUUCUUUUUCUGUAAGACCUGGUCGGACGGCGCGGCCUGGCCGCAGAGCCGCGGACCUUAAACCUUGAAGCUUAAGACCAUUUCUUUAUACCAAAGACAACAAGUGAAGACAGAAUGCUGAUCCUUUUUUGUUGUUAAGAGAUGAUACUUAUAAGGAUAAGGAAACGAGGAAGAUAUGGAGGCAUUAUUCUCGACAUCGGAUAGUAGAUUGAGCAUCACAGAUACUUCUUCAAUUAGCUUCAUCCUAUUCUCGAGCAGUUGCACAGAGACGGGCACAAUGGACCGAGUAGUACAAAAGCUUGAGAUUGUUUGAAGUAAAUCGCCGAACGUGCUUCCUCAGGAGGUAGUACGAUUACAAGAUCGACAAAGUAGAAAUGUCGAGAAGUGAUGCGGUGUUCUCAUGAUUGGGCAGCUCGAGGUCUCCUUUGCGCCUUAACAUUACGUGUACGGAUUCGGCUGAUAGAUUACACGUAAUGUUAAGGCGCAAAGGAGAUGAGGUGCUCAUCUACUUGCUUUCCUUACUGAUCAUGUGAUGUCGUGUAUGAUGCAGAAUUCAUUGCUGAUGAUCAUGAUGUCAUACCGUGGAUAUGGAGUAACACUAUGCCAAAAGCGAACAUAGAAAAGGGGCUUUUUUUGCGUCUUUUGUACAUUCUUCGUCUCAGAAUGAAAAUUUUUCAUUUGAAUUGAGCUCGAGGUCUCCUUUGCGCCUUAACAUUACGUGUAAGCUAUCAGCCGAAUCCGU